CGUUGACUUCGACUCGUUGCUCUGGUUGGGUUAGCUACUGAGUCAGCUUGGGCUCCGUAUCUCUACGUCCUUCAUUUUCCUCGUUUGGUACAGUAUGUCUCACAGCGGCGAAGCUACUAGCAGCAAUGGCUGUGACCCGGGCUCAGUGCUGGCGAACGUGCAAGUAUUGGUGAAUGAAUUGAUUACACUGAGGCUAAGUAACAAUGCACUCGAAACCAAGUACCAAGACAUGGAGGCGAUGUACCACACAGUCAAAGAAAAGAGCGACGAGUUUGAAGGGGAGAAUGCGAGACUUCGGCAAGAGCUGGAUGAUACACGUCAAACCCUUCAGAAUACAGUGGUGAAGAAAGAGAACAUGAAGCAGAGUGCUCUGGUUGUUGGAACAUCCAAUGCAAUCAAAGAGGAGUUCGACGAAGUCAUGCACCAGAGGACGGUCGAACGGCUUGAACAUGGCUGCCUUGUUGAUUCUAUGAGUGGACAGCUCGCUGAUAUGACCGAGAAAUACAGACAAGUGAAAGAGGAGCUGGAAUUAGCAAAAGCCCCAAAUGGACUUCUCAACAGCACACCACCGUCUUUCGAUGUCCAACAAUUCAUCAACAGCUGCGGUGUGGGCAAAGUUGAAUUUGUCGUCGUCACUGAAGAACGUGAACACUACAUAUUUACAAGACUAGACUUUGAUCUCAGGUCCAGGCGUACUUCCCAUGGGGGAUGUGGGCAACUCCUCCGCGCUGACAGCAUCUGGUCAUUUUCACACGACAAAUGUCUAGUUUUUAUCCCGAUGUGUCACCAUUUGCCGAUACUCCCUCCAGGCCCUUUUGAUGGGCCACUGCUUGGUACAAGGCAUGAGCUUUUUAACUACUCGGGGUACCGCAGAUGGGACUACAACGGUGUUUUCGAAUGCAUCGGAAUAUGCGAUAUGGAUAGUGAUGGUAUGAGGUCUCUCCACUUUCUGGACAUACCGCAGGAAUCCAUUGCCCGUUUGGCGAAGACUUCAUUUGUACUUGCCAAGAUACCACAUCUAACCUCGUUUGUCCGAUGCUGCGCAAUGGUCAAGGUUGGACACCACGACAACGCUGACCGUGCCGCUCGGCUUGCCCAAGAAGCGGACCGCGCUGAGGUCCCCGAGCGUCCGUCCGACGAGCCAAUCCGGCCUAGGAAGAAGCACAAAUCUAAAGCAUAGCUUGUGUCGUGGUUAUGAUGGUCGCCACAUGCAGUUCUCUUGCUUUGUUCGUUGUUGCUUUCGCACAAGUGUGCUCUGUCUUGCUAUCACACGUUAUACAUACCCGUUGUCGAGUGUUCGACAAUGACUACACUUGUGGUCUCAACGCGACUUCGUCGACUGUCAGGCCUUCAGGACCCUCCACAAGAAACAGAUCAUUCGGCAACUAGCUCUUGUAUGUACGUCGAAAACACGGUACUGUUGCAUUGAUUAUCGAGUACUGCAUACAAUCAAUG